AAGUAAUGGUCAUAGGCGUGGCUAGUGUUAGUGAGCUGCUGGAGGAGGGUCUCCAGUAACUGGGGUGUGAGGAGGCGCCAGCAGAGCAGGAGUGCGGAGAUUCAGUAGUUGAGUCUUUUCCAGUAACACUCCCAAAAUAGCACGAUGUCGCAGAUCCGUAUUGUGAAAGGAGGCCUAAGCUUUCUGGGUGUUAAGCGCAUCUCUCUACUCAAUGUGGCUUUCCAGAGUACACAACGUGUGGAGUACAAACCCAUCAAGAAGGUGCUGGUUGCCAACAGAGGUGAGAUUGCAACAAGAGUGUUCAGAGCAUGCACUGAACUGGGAAUAAGGACAGUUGCAGUCUACUCCGAGCAGGACACUGGUCAGAUUCACAGGCAGAAGGCAGAUGAGGCCUAUCUUAUAGGAAAGGGAUUGCCUCCAGUCCAGGCCUACCUAAACAUACCUGACAUAAUAAAGGUUGCCAAGGAGAAUGAAGUUGAUGCAGUUCACCCUGGCUAUGGCUUCCUGUCGGAGCGCGCAGACUUUGCCCAGGCAUGCAUAGAUGCCGAUGUCCGAUUUAUUGGCCCUUCACCUGAGGUUGUGCGUAAGAUGGGGGACAAGGUGGAGGCUCGAGCUAUUGCCGUAAGUGCUGGCGUUCCAGUUGUUCCAGGUACAGAUUCUCCUAUUAGUUGUUUAACGGAGGCCAAGGAAUUUUCAAACAAAUAUGGAUUCCCAAUAAUCUUCAAAGCAGCAUAUGGAGGUGGUGGACGAGGCAUGCGAGUGGUACGGAGCUAUGAGGAGCUGGAGGAGAACUACACCCGAGCCUAUUCUGAGGCCCUCUCUGCUUUUGGAAAUGGUUCCUUGUUUGUAGAGAAGUUCAUUGAAAAACCCCGUCACAUAGAAGUCCAGAUACUUGGUGACAAGUACGGUAAUGUGGUCCAUCUGUAUGAACGUGAUUGCUCCGUUCAGAGACGACACCAGAAAGUGGUUGAGAUAGCUCCAGCCGCUCAGCUGGAUCCUCAACUCAGGGAUCGGCUGACCUAUGAUUCUGUCAAACUAGCAAAGCAGGUCAACUAUGAAAAUGCAGGUACAGUUGAGUUCCUUGUGGAUAAACAUGGCAAACACUACUUCAUAGAAGUCAACUCUCGACUGCAGGUGGAGCACACUGUGACGGAGGAGAUAACUGAUGUUGACCUGGUUCAUGCUCAAAUUCAUGUGGCAGAAGGAAAAAGCUUGCCUGACCUUGGCCUGAAGCAAGAAAAUAUCCGUAUUAAUGGCUGUGCCAUUCAGUGCAGAGUCACCACAGAAGACCCAGCCCGUGGAUUCCAGCCUGACACUGGCAGAAUCGAAGUAUUCCGGAGCGGUGAGGGAAUGGGCAUCCGAUUGGACAGUGCCUCUGCCUUCCAAGGAGCUGUCAUCUCCCCACAUUAUGACUCCCUUCUUGUCAAGGUCAUUUCCCAUGGGAAAGAUCAGCAAGGGGCAGCCACCAAGAUGAGCAGAGCAUUGGCAGAAUUCCGAAUCCGUGGAGUGAAGACAAAUAUUCCUUUCUUGCAAAAUGUCCUGAAUAAUCACCAGUUUCUAUAUGGAACAGUGGACACUCAGUUUAUUGAUGAAAACCCCGACCUCUUCAACCUGAGGCCAGUGCAGAAUAGAGCACAGAAGCUUCUAUAUUACCUUGGUCAUGUGAUGGUGAAUGGUCCAACCACACCCAUUCCUGUUAAAGCCAAGCCAUCAACUAUAGAUCCUGUCAUCCCCCCGAUCCCGAUGACUGAGCCGCCUGCUGGAUUCAGGGAUAUCAUCCUCCGUGAUGGGCCAGAGGGGUUUGCACGUGCCAUACGCAAGCACCGGGGCCUCCUCCUUAUGGACACUACAUUCCGAGAUGCCCACCAGUCACUCCUUGCUACUCGUGUUCGUACUCAUGACCUUAAAAAGAUUUCACCUUUCGUGUCACACAACUUUAGCAAUUUCUUCAGUUUGGAAAAUUGGGGAGGUGCUACGUUUGAUGUUGCUAUGCGCUUCCUUUAUGAAUGCCCAUGGAGACGCUUGCAAGAAUUAAGGGAACUUAUUCCUAACAUACCGUUCCAGAUGUUGCUGAGAGGUGCAAAUGCUGUAGGGUAUACAAACUACCCCGAUAAUGCCGUUUUCAAGUUUUGUGAGGUAGCUAAAGAGAAUGGAAUGGACAUUUUUAGGGUCUUUGACUCUCUGAACUAUCUGCCCAACAUGAUUUUGGGUAUGGAGGUGGCUGGCAGAGCUGGUGGCGUGGUAGAAGCUGCCAUCUCCUAUACUGGCGAUGUAGCGGACCCCACUCGUACAAAGUACACAUUGGACUACUAUAUGAAUCUGGCUGAAGAGCUUGUGAAGGCUGGAACACACAUCUUGUGCAUUAAGGACAUGGCUGGGCUGUUGAAACCAAAAUCUUCAGAUUUGCUUAUCCGAGCUCUGAGAGAUAAGUUUCCAGAUAUCCCAAUCCACGUGCAUACCCAUGACACAGCCGGUGCUGGAGUAGCUUCUAUGCUGGCAUGUGCACAAGCUGGAGCAGACGUUGUAGAUGUUGCCGUUGACUCAAUGUCUGGGAUGACUUCUCAGCCUAGUAUGGGAGCUUUGGUAGCAUGUACGAAGGACACAGACUUAGACACAGGAAUCAGUCUGGACAAGGUAUUUGACUAUAGUGAGUACUGGGAAGUGACAAGAGGUCUCUACGCUCCUUUCGACUGCACAGCAACCAUGAAGUCAGGAAAUGCAGAUGUUUAUGAGAACGAGAUCCCUGGAGGCCAAUAUACCAAUCUUCACUUCCAGGCUCACAGCAUGGGGCUGGGUAACAAGUUCAAGGAAGUGAAGAAGGCAUAUGUUGAAGCCAACAAACUCCUUGGAGAUAUUAUCAAGGUAACACCCUCCUCCAAAAUAGUUGGGGACCUGGCACAGUUUAUGGUGCACAAUGGGCUGACACGUGAAGAGGUUGAGUCUGCGGCAGAUGAACUCUCCUUCCCGCUCUCUGUGGUGGAAUACUUGCAGGGUUACGUUGGCAUUCCUCAUGGUGGAUUCCCAGAGCCUUUACGCUCCAAGGUAUUGAAGGACUUGCCACGUAUUGAGGGUAGACCUGGAGCCACUUUACCACCCAUGGACUUCUCCAAAAUGGAAGAAGAUUUGAAGAGCAAAUAUGAUGAUAUCACUCCAGAGGACAUCCAGUCCGCUGCCAUGUAUCCCAAAGUAUUUGAGGAGUACAAGGACUUUAACACUCAGUUUGGUCCCGUGGAAUGUCUCAACACUCGCCUCUUCCUGGAGGGACCCAAGAUUGCAGAGGAGUUUGAGGUGGAACUGGAAAGAGGAAAAACUUUGCACAUUAAAGCUCUUGCUCUGGGAGAUUUGAACAAGGCCGGCCAGAGGGAAGUCUUCUUUGAGCUGAAUGGCCAGCUCCGAUCCCUGCUUGUGAAAGACACACAGGCCAUGAAGGAGAUGCAUUUCCACCCCAAGGCUCUAAAAGAUGUGAAGGGCCAAAUUGGAGCCCCCAUGCCAGGAAAGGUGAUUGAUAUUAAAGUGAAAGAAGGGCAGACAAUUGAGAAGGGGCAGCCUCUGUGUGUGCUCAGUGCCAUGAAAAUGGAGACCUUGGUCAAUUCUCCAGUCUCUGGAACAAUCAAGAAAAUCUAUGUGAAACUCGACAUGCAUCUAGAGGGAGAAGAUCUUGUUCUAGAAAUUGAAUAAAUUGAAAGUUAAGAUGGGACAAUCCUACUGGGAAAGAGGGACUUAAUGAAUUUCUGGCUUUAUCUUCCACUUGUGAGUGGGGGAGGGUCUGCUCGUCAUCCCAUGUCUGCUGAUUGUCUUCAGUGUAACCAUUAAGUGCUUUACAUGUGGCUCUACAGGUCUGCAGUAGAUGGAAUGUUAGAUUCCUUUUUUGGAAGAUGGUAACUUGCUAGAUGCCACAUCUAAAUAGUAUUUGCUGAGCUCUUGUCAGUCUAACAUUAUGGAAAUUGCUUACUAGUCUGUAUUGUGGUGUCCAGAGUUUUAUGCUACAUGGAGAUAGUUUAUUGUGGAGAUUGCUCGCUAAUUGUAAAGGAUUCAGAUGUUCACAUGACAAAUAAAUAUCAUUAUUUCAUUAUUCAUAGAGGAACAGUAAAUGGCUACACUACCGUACAACAACCACUUCAGUGCUAUAACUACAAUGAUACGGAUUCUAAAUGUACAAGAUAGGCUAGAACUUCCUCAUCCCAAAUGUUUCCUGUUGUCUCCAGUGAAUGACUGCAAUGUGUGAUAGCAUGCUGUAGUGGUACAGCCAAUGUCCUGCAGUGUGCCUUGCAAAUCUUACCCGAUCGUAGUCCUACUAUUGAUCAUUGUGCGGAUUCCCUCCUUUGUAUCUUAUUUUGCCCACUAUCCACGUAUGAUAUCGAAGCUCUCUGCUAGUAAUAUAAUACAGAAAUAUAGGAUUUAACAGCAGAUAAGAACCACUUGGCCCAGCUAGUCUGCCCCUUUGGCCCAUAUAGUAUGCCGCUUUUCGGCAAAGGCAGUUUGGGCAGGUACUGUAAGUUGGCCAUGGUAUCACCGAAUAGCACACUGUUAUAUGUUGCCAAAUGUGUUUAUACAUUUCUCCCCCAACAGUACCGUGCUCUCUGUCAGCUAACCAGAAAAAAUGGAAAAUCUAAAUUAUCUUCACAUGGGUGUAAUCCAUACAUCGUAUACAUCGCUCAAUAUAUAGUGUUAUAUUGUUUUGGGAAUCAGUCUCUGCCUUUUUGCAUUUAUCUUCGGACUUUGACAUAUUAGAUAUAAGUGCAGCUGCAGCAGUGACACUGCACUAAGAUUUCUUCCUUCAGUUAUUUGCUGAUUAUAGUUAUGUUUUGUGUACAAAUGUAGCUACAUCCAUCUUGUCUGAGUAGCUGAGUGGUGCCUUCGCGACCUUGGAUUGUAUUUACAUCAAUUGUCUUUUUUUGACAGUCUUUGGAAUGAGUGUGUACAGACGAACUAUAACUGGGAGACUUUAUAUUAUAUGGCGAUGUCAUAAAUGAACUAAUAUCAGAUUAUAUGAAAUCAACUCCUUACUGAAGGCCAGGUGUAUGUACUAAGCCUGAGCCUGUUUUGGACAUAGAAGAUUAUGCUCUCAAUGUAACUACCUACAGCAGGCACACAAUUACACACACUGGCUGAUUAGAAUUGUUGUAAUAUAUAACUUAAGGACAAUUCACCACACUAGACCGUUCCUAUUUUUCUGUGGAUGUGUUGCCACCCUUAUUACUAGAGCCACGCCUGAGCUGUGGAGUGCACUGCAAUUAAUCUACAAUUUACCAUUAAAGCACCAUAUACCAUAGUAGGCAGUUGUUAUAUUUGGUUUUGAACAUGCACAAAUUCAUUGUUUUCUUCAUAUCUGUAAAAAUAAGAAAUGUGAUUUAUUAGGUUAUUUCCUCACUGGCCAAUGUCUAUGGUGGAAAUGUUACAUGUUGCCCUUGUCACGGAGAACAAAGGUUAAUUUUUUUUAUGUGCAAGAAGCAAUUACCCUUUAGAUCGCACUUGCAGUUGCCUGUAUAAAGAUGGCUCCUGUCACGCUAACAAACCUAAUCACACAGCUUUCUGAGAGCUGCAGCAAUUUGGCAGAUGCUAAGUUUGUCAUAGCCAUGAUGGCUGUCAUCUUUUAGAAUUACUUACACAGGCAUACUUUGUCUCUCAUGUCUGUGACAGGAAGUAAUGUUAAACAAGACUUUUAAUAGACAUGAAUGCUGUUCCAUCAUGCUUUUUUUCUGAUUGUUAAAGGGAUUAACAUGGCCUAAUUUCACUGCCCUACAGCAAUGCAUAUACAUGUUAAUUAAUUUAGGGCAGCAUCCGUGCAUUGUGGGUAAUGUCUAGGCAUUUAAGGGUUACCAGCUGCCUGAUUGGGCUACCCCUAGUCUGGCAUUCCUGUGGGCACUGCUAUUUUUAGACGUUUAUCACCUAUUCUCCCUCACCUCGUUAACUAUUUAUAGAGGCUGGCAACAGUUAGAGGCUAUGAGAUGUGCUCUGAUUUAAGACUCCAUUCUUUACCCUUUUUUUCACCUUGACUUUUUCCACUUAGCAACCCAAGCGAAUAUAUAUGUACCAUACUCCUCUCUAACACCUUUAACCACAUUAACCCAUUUACUGUCCAGGAAGAAAUGAGCAUACAGAAUACAUCCCUCUGUCCUUUAUGCUUUACUUAUAUGUUAGUCAGGUCUUUGCUCUAGUUUACACAGAUUAUGGAAGGAGCGGUCUCUGCUGCAUUGUUUAGUGAUCUGCAACUUGUGCUGGCAAAAAAAAGUAUAGCACAGUUAUAAACAUUUUUCCGCCCACUGUAUAAUGUAUGCUGAGACUUCUAAUGGCGAUUAUUAUUGUGCUUCUCUUAUGAUUGGACAGUUAUUCGCUGUGCUUUGUGCCCCUGGAAAUGCGAACACGGUAAAGGAUUUCCUAAGAGCUCCCUGCUGAAGCUAUUUAAGGUGUAGAUCUUUGCCUGUCGUGCGUCUGUGGCAUAGCACUUUGUUAGAUGGUCUGGCCUAUUAAUGUCUGAAGUACAGUGAACUGUGCGCGAACCCGGCAGAGUCGCACAGUGACCAAUGUUAUGUCUGAUUCUGAGCUGUUGCUAAGGAUAAAGCAAUUGUGUAGUUGUUCUAAUAGCUGUAUAGUAGUCUCUCAAUAUUCCGAAUGGGAAGCUGACAUAAUAUGUGUGCAUUCAGCUGGACACACACAAAGCAGCAUACAGUACACUGAUAUCUCACAAGUCUCUACAAGCACAGUGCAUCCAUGUUAAAUAUACACGGUCCCCUGCAUUAGGGUCCAUGCUGCAUAUGCUUUCAUUCCAUCAGCCUGACUGAGGUUUCUUGGGAAAUGCUGAACACUGCAUGCGAGGGACAAAGCCGCUACUGUCAAAUCAGCCUGUUUUGUACAGGAUGGGUUUUUGACAAGUAGAAUGUGUUGCUGCUUCUAAUUAAGCCUGUUUACAGGACCUGAAUGAGAAAACAACUAUGUAAAAUUACUCCUUAUGUAUGAGAGGUUGCGUAUGCAUCUGACAAGCAUUUGCUGUAAUAAGAACACUGAAUUCUAUGUCCAGUCAUAAAAGAUUCAUUUGUUUUUUAUAGGUUUAAUAAUUCAAAGAAUCCGUCACAACACAGCAGCAAGUGUUUCGCUAUUUAGGUUACUUUCAAACCACCGUGUAAAUUGUGUAUAAAAGUGAUGAAUUGCAGGGUAGAUUCACAGUGAGUGACUGGGCUGCAACAGUUCUUUCCAAAAUGUCCCCAACCAGACAUAAUGGAAAGCGGAGGAAGACAGACACAGGAUUAGACUGUGCCGACAGAUUGAAGGUUAUCUUUGAGGAAAAUGGCAGAGUAGUUACCAAAGUGCAUUUUGACAUCAAGAUGGUUGAGGAAGUAACCAAUGUAUAAUUGCUAAAUACUGGAGGUUUAUUAAUGCAUUUAAUCCAUGUUGUAGAAAUAAAGAUAACACCUCUGAUCUCCACUUUGUACAGUACCUGUAUGUUGGGUUUUGACAUGUUACAAAUUAGUCAAGUGAACUUAUGUAAUUAGUGAGUAGCCAUUAUGUUGAACAUUGUAACACCUGAUCAUUUCUUAUUGUGGACCAUUAACACUGUCAGUCUUAAAAUGUGAGACCAGUAUUUUAUGUUACCUUGUUUACAGCACUAACUGGAUAGUUUCUUAUGUCUCUGGUGCCAGAGAAUUAACAAGUAGAAAGAUAAGUUAGUAAAAUGUCUUCUAUUCCUGCCUGUGGACACCUUGUUAUGUAUGUGACUUAUUUUUCGCAUUUGUCAAUAAAUACAAGUAAGUAAAUCUCCAA